AUUUCUAUUUUGUAGUUUGUCAAAAAGAAAAAGAAAAAAAAAACCUUGAGAAAGCUAUUCCCCCCCGCUCACACCAAAUAAGAGACGUACUCCACCGAAACACCUUGAGAGAUUUCAAAAACAGUUUUGGAGAAGAAAUUAAAAGAAAAACGAGCGUUUAUUCUCCCUCCUCACCGCGUUUUUUGUAGCCACUAAUCCCUUUUUAGCAGCCGCCACAUCUUCCCCUCCUCAGCCUUCAAGUCAGCGUCAAUCCGUCCACCAACGCAGCCGCUCUGGUCUUUGCCUAUCCGUCCAUCUCACCGGCGUCUCCCUCACGAGAUGUCUGAGAAAUUCUCGCCCGCGCUUCGGAUUGGAGAUCUCAAUGAUUUCGUUGCACCAUCACAAGCAUGCAUAGUUUCCCUCAACGGGAAGAAAAAGCUUCCCGAUAAAGUCGAGGUGUCAAUUGCUGACAGACAAGUGAAGUCAGAACCUGUUAAAAUUUCACUCAAGGAUUGUUUGGCAUGCAGUGGAUGUGUCACAUCAGCGGAGACAGUUAUGCUUGAGAAGCAAGGUUUGGAUGAGUUUAUGUCCACUAUAAGUAAAGGAAAGGCAGUGAUUGUGUCUCUUUCUCCACAAUCAAGGGCUUCUAUUGCAGCCCAUUUUGGUGUUUCUCCUCUCCAGGCUUUCAAAAAAUUGACAAGAUUUUUCAAAUCCUUGGGGGUGAGGGCUAUUUUUGAUACAAGUUGCAGUAGAGACUUGACCCUGGUCGAAUCAUGUGUGGAAUUCAUCACAAGGUAUAGACAAAGUCAAUUGGUAGAUGAUGAGAGGAGUAAGUCAAGCCUACCCAUGAUUGCAUCAGCAUGCCCAGGUUGGAUAUGCUAUGCUGAAAAGAAACUUGAACCCAUUGUUCUACCCUACAUUUCAUCAGUGAAGAGUCCCCAACAAACAAUUGGAACUAUCAUAAAGCGCUACGUAUGCCAAGAUAUGGAACUCAGGCCAGAAGAAGUAUACCAUGUCACCGUGAUGCCUUGUUACGAUAAGAAGCUAGAGGCUUCUAGGGACGACUUUGUUUUCCAAUUGGAGCCGAAUGCUGAAGGGUGUGACAGUGAAGUUAACAUGAUUUUGGAGGUAGAUUCAGUAUUGACAACUGGAGAGAUUUUGGGAUUGAUUCAGUCAAAAGAAGUUGAUUUUAAAAGCUUAGAAGAGGCUCCUCUGGAUAAACUGCUAACAAAUAUUAAUGAAGAGGGAUACCUUUAUGGGGUCCGUGGGAGCUCUGGAGGUUAUGCAGAAACAAUAUUCCGAUAUGCUGCUAAAACAUUGUUUGGAAGACAUAUUGACGGUCCUUUGAACUUCAGAAACAUUAAGAAUUCCGAUUUUCAGGAAGUUACUUUGGAGGUUGAGGGAGAAACAGUGUUGAAAUUUGCUCUCUGUUAUGGUUUCCGGAACUUGCUAAACACUGUACGAAAACUUAAAACAGGGAAAUCUGAUUAUCAUUUCCUGGAAAUCAUGGCAUGCCCUUCAGGUUGCUUAAAUGGGGGAGGUCAAAUCAAACCCCUUCCAGGACAAUCUGCUAAACAACUGAGUCAGCUAUUAGAAUCAGUUUAUCUUGAAAAUGUUUUGCCAGCAGACCCAUUCGACAAUCCCAUUAUUAAAGGUUUAUAUGCCAAGUGGCUUGAGCAGCCCGGUUCUGAGAAAGCUAAGAGAUACAUGCAUACACAAUAUCGUCAUGUUGAGAAAAGCGUCACUUCUCAGUUGAAUAAUUGGUGAAGUGUUGAAACUCAGCUUUUCGUAGUUUUUUGUCAAAGGUAAUAUAUGAUAUUAAGCGGAAGAUUACUUAAAUAUAUGUUCUCUGACUCCUUGUUGUGGAUAUGUUGGCAUAUUGAAGACGGGUCAUCCAAUUUUGGUAGUGAACGCGGGUAUUUAAUUCGUAAUAAUUGUUAUGUAUUUUUUACAGUAUUAAUGAUUAUAAUGUAUAUAUUACCCCUGAUCUACACCUAUUUAUUAGAUAGAAGAAACCACACAAAAUUUGUAAUGGACUUCUGGAGUCUGGACCUUGCCUUAGAUGUUGCUGCGGGUCCGCUAUUAAUGGUAGAUUAGGGUACAGGUUCUCAAUAAAAGAUUCUCCAACUACAUGUGUCCUUUGUGACUUGUAAGUGAUUAGGUGCAAGCGAGGAUUGGAGUGACAGUGCCCGGUUGUUGGAGCACAAAUUUUACGCUUUGCAUUUAUCAACACAGUUUUCGCUCAUUUGAUUUUC